UGCGCCCCAGAGCCUCCGUGUGUCAUGUCCCGGCUGCGCCUCUGGGUCCCGCUGCUCCUCCUCACGUGGCAAUCGUGUCUGCUGGUCCAGGCAGCUCAGCCUCCGGAGUGGGCCCUGGACCCUGCCCAGCUGACCGCCGACCUCCUGGGGCCCACUGAGCCCUGGUCUUCGCACUCCUAUGAAUUCCCGCCCGAAUCGCCCCAGGUAUUUACACCCCCAGCAGAGGCGGGGGGCUUUCAUUACUUGGGGUCCUCAGCUGCAGCCCAGAUGUUGGCCCUGCCUGAGGAGUUGACUGAAACUUUGGUACCGUUUCCGGACACGGCUCAGCCAGCAGAGCGCCCCGAGGAGGCUGGGCCCACCAUAGCCCAGCCAGAGGCCCCGGCUCCGCCUGCAGAGCGCCCGGAGGCGGCUGGGCCCGCCCCAGCCCUGCCAGAGGCCCCGGCUCCGCCUGCAGAGCGCCCCGAGGAGCCUGGGCCCGUCCCAGCACAGCCGGAGGCCCUGGCUGCGCUGGCCGAGCGCCCGGAGGAGGCUGGGCCCGCCCCAGCGCUGCCGGAGGCCCCGGCUCCGCCUGCAGAGCGCCCCGAGGAGCCCGGGCCCGCCCCAGCGCAGCCGGAGGCCCCGGCUCCGGUUGCAGAGCGCCCCGAGGAGCCCGGGCCCGCCCCAGCGCAGCCGGAGGCCCCGGCUCCGCCUGCAGAGCGCCCCGAGGAGCCUGGGCCCGCCCCAGCGGAGCCGGAGGCCCCGGCUCCGCCUGCAGAGCACCCCGAGGACCCUGGGCCCACCCCAGCGCAGCCGGAGGCCCCGGCUCAGCCAGCGGAGCGCCCCGAGGCGGCUGGCCCCGCCCCAGCCCUGCCGGAGGCCCCGGCACCGCCUGCAGAGCGCCCCGAUGAGGCUGGGCCCACCCCGGCGCAGCCGGAGGCCCCGGCUCCGCCUGCAGAGCGCCCCGAGAAGGCUGGGCCCGCCCCAGCGCAGCCGGAGGCCCCGGCACCGCCUGCAGAGCGCCCCGAGGAGGCUGGGCCCGCCCCAGCCCGGCCGGAGGCCCCGACUCAGCCACCGGAGCGCCCCGAGGAGGCUGGGCCCACCGCAGCCCAGCCGGAGGCCCCGGCUCCGCCUGCAAAGCGCCCCGAGGAGGCUGGGCCCACCCCAGCUCAGCCAGAAACCCUGGCUCAGCCUGUAGAGCGCCCCGAGGCGGCUGGGCCCACCCCAGCCCUGCCGGAGUUCCCGGCUCCGCCUGCAGAGCGCCCCGAGAAGCCUGGGCCCACCCCAGCGCACCCGGAGGCCCCAGCUCCGCCUGCAGAGCACCCCGAGGAGGCUGCGCCCACCCCAGCACAGCCGGAGGCCCGGGCUCAGCCAGCGGAGCGCCCCGAGGAGGCUGGGCAUUCCACGGCCCUGCAGCGGACUCUGUCUCUUCCAGAGGACCCCGAGGUGACACUUCCACAUCCAGA